AACAAUAAAGGUUCUGAGUGACAAAAUAAUAAAUAUAAACAAUAAAUAAACAAACUUUCAAAUGUGAUAAUGGAUUAAUAUCAUCUUUAAUAACAAGCAAGAUCCAGCGUGCUGUUUAGUGUAUUGGAUUUAAAAAAAGCCUCGUACUCAGUCGACCUGAUACAUAAAAAAACAAACCGUGUAAAAAAACUACAAGUUUGUGCGCUAGUGUUGUGCUGGUGAGUUCUUCCCAGUAAGAUUGUGUGGGUAAAGACGGCACGAGAAUUUACUGCUGGCUGCAGUUGGAUGUGGACGGCGGCCUAGAAUUCAUGGAAGUGCAAUGCGAGAUGUGCUACAUGAACUUGUCGUCAGACUUGCCAUUGUAAUGGGAAGCUGAGUAUCCCUGGCAUUAUGCGGCUGGGCUACCAAAAAGAUGCAGUAUCAGCCCUUGGAAGUAAAUUCUUCUGACCUGUUGAAGCAUGGUCACGACCGCUCGGAAAAGCAUCCAAUUAUGAGUCACUCAGACGUGGAAAUGUAUAACAAACAGUUGGAAAUGAAUAGUCCCAGUUGUAAAGAGCUCUCUCGGCUCGACAGAUCAGUGAACGAUCAUCCGCUGAACAAUAAUAACACCAACAAUAAUGACUGUAUAAAUAAACAUUGCGACGUUAAUUCACGCUAUUUAAAUAAUUAUAAAACUGAUAAUAUUAAUAACAACAAUUGUAAUGUGACUGAACAAUCACGGUUUUUUGUGUGCGAUAAAAGUUAUAGAAGACACUUAUCUACGAGUGAUUGUGUGUUAAACAGCGAUUGUGUCUCCGCAAUUGAACGUUUAAAAUCUACUAAACAAAUUAUGACAAACUCUCGACCAAUAUCACCAACAAAAGAAUGUCGAUCGAGUUAUUGUUACAAUAAUUAUAAUUAUACCUAUAAAAAAAAUAAUAAUAUUAAUAAUAAUAGCACUAGUGAUACUCCGUAUAAUUGUUAUCGUCGUAAAAGUCAAUUGAAAUGGCUUUUACACGCUUUUAUUUUACUUUUCAUCGGAUUAAUUUCCACGAGUUCGGCAGAUCGAUGUGCUCUCGGUCUCGACACACCUGGACGAACUUGGCCUACGAAUGAUAUUAUUUUGGAGUACGGCCAAUCCUUGAGAAUUCUCUGUAUACUGAAUCAGACGAUUGUCGACAAGGAGUUCCCUGGUAAAAAUGCAUCGAACUUGUCUUUCUACAGAAAUGACAAAAAAAUGGAACGAGAGUACAUUCGUAUUAUCAACUCAACUACUAUUGAAAUGUUUGUCGAAAAACCGCCACCUUCCCACGACAUGUAUCAUUGUAAAUUACAGACCAGCGAAUCUAUCAAAGAUGAUGUCGCUGUUUGUCUAAAUAAUGUCGCCGUCGGUUUUAAACCAGAGGAGCCGAAAAAUUUCAGCUGUAUCUCGCACAAUUGGGAAAAUUUGACCUGUAUAUGGGUCCCAGUAGAUAACUUUAUCAAGACCACCCACACGCUUACUUUCAUGUCAUCUCGCAAACUAUUCCCUUGUCCUAAGCACGAAAAAGAAAAGAAACUUCCUUUAAAUUCUUGUCUCUGGGAUUUUUCGACGGAUCCUAUUUAUCGUCAGACUUUGGAAAAUUAUACUUUUUUGAUGACCGUCAGAAAUGCAUUGGGAAAUAUGACAAGACAAUAUAAAUUCCAGCAUUUUGCUAACACAAUACCAGCCAAGCCGGACAAUUUAACGGUAGUAAAUAAAACAACAGAGAGCGCAUUACUGUACUGGGCAGUACCUUUUCCAAUGCAAAACUUUCCACCAGGUUUACAUCACAAAAUAGCUUAUCAACAUCAGUGGGAUCGGCUCAAAACAUGGCAGAUAAUUAACAUUACUAAUGGCCUACACGAAGAUAAAAAAUUCUACAAUUUAACGGGAUUGGAAUACGCCAAUACUGUUUAUGACGUGAGAGUAUUUAUGAAGAGCGCUAUUGCCAAAGGCGAUGAUAAAUGGAGUCCAUUUAGCGAUAUUACAUUUCGUACACCACCUAGAUUGCCUGGACGAUUGCCGCGUACGGAUAUCGGAAGUUUUGAAAUAACAGAGAACAACGCAAACAAAGUUCUUUAUUUAUACUGGCAAGUUAUACCCCGUUAUUUAGAGAACGGAGAUAAUUUCAAGUAUCAAGUUACUUUGACUGAAGUAAACGGCCGUAAGACUCAUAUCAUGCCCAAUGAAACCACGCGUUCUUACGCUGUUUUCAAAGGUUUCGAUUUCUUCAACUAUACUUUCCAAGUUACUACUUCUAACAUCGUGGGUACUCAUCCUAAAAGUACUAGCAUCCAUGUACCCAGUCAGUAUGACAUGCCUCAACAACCUUUGGCGGUUACAAAGAUAGCGUUUGAUGAAGGAUUAUACGAAUUGUCAUGGAAAUCACCGUUACUGAGCAAUCAAAUAAUUAACUACACUAUAUUUUGGUGUGAAAAUGAACGUGAUCGCCCUUAUCAGUGUACCGGAUACCUUGACUGGGUUCAUGUCCCCAACAACACAACAAUUUACAACAUAACAGUCCCGUCUCCCGAGAAAGUAUACCAAUUCGCGGUGUCAGCAAAUACAGAAAAAGCCAGCAGUGGUAUGGUCUGGGCUUCAUGCACCGUAAUCCACAACAAAGUGUCCAGCAAAAUGAAGUCAGUAUGGAUAAACACCAUCGGCUCAGACGUAAUCGACGUAGGAUGGAAGUUGGACUGUUCCGACCGUAUCGGAGUAGUGGAAGGCUUCGUGAUCUAUUACUGUCCAAUUGUAUCCCCCAAGAACUCAACUUGCCGAGAGCCCAAGCAGAACACCACCAUCCGAGCAGACCCCCUGAUGAUGCGCAGUACAGUCACCGGUUUGAAGCCCUACACCACUUACAAGAUAACAAUAGCUUUUUGGACGAAGACCGGCGAGGGUCUUGAGAGCGAGCCGCUCUACAACACCACUCUCGAGAGCGCUCCCACGGCUCCUCAGAACGUAACAGUAAUUUCCAUCACCAACAGCUCCCUGUUUGUAACUUGGGAUCCACCCUCUGCGAUGAACGGCGUUCUUCUUUAUUACGAAGUCCACUACAACGGAAACAUUCAGAAGGUUGAAGAUUCAACCACAAACGUCCUGCUUAAAGACUUAAUAUCUUACAAGAAUUACACAAUCACAGUCACCGCUUGCACCGUUAAGUGCAGCGUCGAAUCCCGUCCAAUUAUAGCCCUAACAAAAAUAGGAGUCCCUGGAAAAAUAAACCGUCCACCAAUCGUAAAAAUCCAGGACUCUAACUUUGCAAUCGUCAUUUGGAGCAGGCCCCAAAAUCCUGGAGGCAACGUCGACUACUACCAAGUCUCCGCUCCAGGGUACAUUGUAAUUAACAGCAACAGCACUAAAACAAAAAUACCGAUUCCCGGAUGCGUGGAAAAUGAACGCGACACCACUUAUAGAUUUAAAGUCCGUGCUAUUAAUAUUAACACCGACGGCGAGCAUCUAGCUGGACCUUGGUCAGACAUCGGAGAGACCAGUUGCUGGAACGCUGGAAUUUCUCCUCGAGUGUACAUCAUCAUCUGGAUAAUUUGCGGGAUCUUCGCGCUGUUGGUCAUAGCUGCAACCUUUAUAUACACUAAAAAAAUGUGGCGCAGGUGCAAACUCAUGCAAGAUUGCGAAGUGAAACUCCCUCCAGGUCUCGCUGCUGAGAAAUUACUCCAGAAGCCCGGUGAGCAGCACAUCAGACAGUCCUCAGCGGACUCCAGCGCGUGUUCCAGCGCCCAGGAAUCCGUCACGUCAUCGCUUACUUCAAAUUCCCACGUGUCAAAUGACAGCGGGACGGAAACAGAUCCGGUUUCUAGCUUACAGAAUAAGUUAUUGGACACUACUCUCGUGUGGGAGUCCUCGAGUCUGCGUCAGCGAAAUGUCAGUGGCGGAACCACCCGACCCGGUCCGGGAGCUUUGACUGAGGCGAGAUGGGACUCUUAUGUAAAGGCUGGAAAGCCUGGAGAGAGAGAUUCGAUAGAAAGGGAGGACACAAUGUCAAUCGCACGCUCUACGCCUAAUUUGAGGAUCGAGGAUAGUGUCUGCAAUGUUCCUCCUCAGACUUGGUCGUCCACUGGGUACAUCAGCAUGCCGUCUUCCGAGGAUGUUUCCACGACAAACUCCAGCCCGGUUCCAGUUAAGAUUUCUAAUAUCAGCAACUACAGUGUUGUCGGGCUUUUGCCGACUAAAAUGUCGCCCACUAGGUCUAAAAGCAGCGAAGACACCUCGGAGGAAGCUAAAGCUAAUAUUCCAUAUGUCAGUUUAGCUUCUUUGGAUCACAAGCUUACUUUUAUCUCUCCGAUUUCUAAAGAACCGCUCAAGUCUGUUGAGAGCAGCAAGCCGUACGUCCAAACUGGGUUGAUAGACAAUUUAAAGAAUCCGCCGUUUAUUCCGAGUGAGUUUGGAUCCAAGUUUGUUUCUUCUAAGCCAGAUCGUGACUCCUCGAUGAAGUACGUCACUGUUGCGUCCAUCGCGGAAUUGGCUAAGCCUGCUAAAGACAAACUUGUUCAGAGCACUACGGAUACAUCCCAAAAGCCUUAUGUGCAAGCCUCGACGAUGUUCCAGAUGUUCCAGGCAGGCUCGCAAGAAAAGAAACACGAGCCUAUGUACUGGGAAUCUGGGGGAGAUGGGGACAAGACUGUCGAUGUUGUUGAGAUUGAACAGUCUGAGAGGAGUCGGACUCCUCAAGUGUCCAGCAGCGGGGAUAGCCAGCAUAUUUUAGACUGAUGAAAAUAGCGGGAGUAAGCUAAUUUAUAAUAUUGUUUUUUUUUUUUUUUUUUCUUAUAUUGUUUUCUCUUAUGUUCUUUAAUUGUUCUGUUCUGUUUGUUUAUCGUGUCGGUGGAUGGAAUUACGGGAAGCUUAUCUGUGAAUUAUUUGGUAAUUGUAAGUACUAUAUUUCACUGAUACCUUUUGUUAUCCAGAUCGAGGUUAACUGUACUCUUGUCCAUGAUAUUGAUAUUAAUUGUAAAGAUAUCAUAUUACCUGGUAUUGUGCGGGUUUUUUAAGGCAUUCUUAGAUCUACUUGCUGUUUUCUUUAUUAAUAUGACAAUUCUGAGUAAUUUAUUU